GGGAACUUUAUAAUGGUUUGUAUUGUAAGUGAAGGACUAUUUUGAUGUUCUUCGUAGUUCCUUACCGACAAUUUGAAGGGUGUGGAAACGUUGUUUUUGUGAUGAAAGCUCAGAUUUAUUGCUUGAUCUGAUUAUUAGUGUGAACCUUUUCUCUUGAUGGAAUGUAACGGAUGAGUUGGUUCCAGGAUUGACAUCGAUUAUGAAAAGGAUUUUGCGAUUAUGAAUAUUCAGUACCUGUUAUUCACGGUUAUGGUGUGCGAAUCACGUUUGUAGUAAGAGGGAUUGAGUGAGGCAAGCAAAAUUAACAGUCUCUUCGCUACUCUCCCGGCAAUUUGGCGAUGUUUGCGUUGGUCUAAAUUUUUCCGGCUUGUGAGAUCGGCAGGAGUGGGAAAAAAACGAGAACAAUCAGCUGAAACUCGAGGACUACUGUCAGGAGAAUAGCAUUCCGUGUAUUGGUGGCAUUCGAGUACUUUCACAAACAUAAGCAAAUCACCACACGGGAUAGAUUGGAGCCACGUGAGUGAAGUACUAGAUCGGUUGAUUUCUCUUCGUCGCUCGAGAAAAUGGAACGGAAUCCUGAACGCGAAGUGCGUGUUGUCGUAGAUCCUGUCUGCCGAGCGUCAGACAGUCGCACUACUCGGGCCGUGCGAGUCAUACUUUUCCCCGGCUGCUACGUUGAAAGUGUUCCGAUUUCGCGAUCCGGAAAAAUUAUUGGUGUUCAGGAAAGAAUCAUUAGAAAACUGAAGUGAGCCUCACUUUAACAAAUACGAGCGUUUUUUUGGUCGUAGCGGGAAGUGAAACGCGAAGUUUUGGAAAGAAGAUGAAUUGAAUUAAGCUGAUUCUCUUAGCAGUUUGCUCUAAGCCGAGCAGAUCUCGAUUGAAAAUGUUGCUUUUUUCAUAGGCGCUGGUCGGAAUACAAGUGUAAGAAGAUUAGCUAAAAAUUUGUGGAACGGUUUGGAAUUCGGAAAGUGUUUGUUCUGUUCCAUCAACUUUUACCAGAUAAAUGGAUUGUAAACAAAGUUUCUCGUGGAAAAAGAAAUAUAUUGCCUAUGGGAUACAGAGGCUCGUAGGCCAAAGCUAGAUAAUCGAUGUUUGAACCGAGUCCGUUCGCCAGUAGUGAAUUGCGAAAACGUGAAGUGAGAAAAGCUGAUUUUCAUUAGUCACCAAGUACUUGGUUAGCAUCUUACCAACAGUGCAAGAGCGUGGUUUCUCGUUGGACGCAGGAUAAAUUCUACCAUUGACCCGAAUUUAAUAGGAAGUGGUCACAAGCAGACGCGCUUGCUGGUGGAUAGUAUUUUGUGCUAGCUCGAGUCGAGAGAGCGCUUUUGACUUCAAGUUGUUUGAUGUAGCCGAGCCAACAUUGAAGUGGUUCUUCGUGGUAAGGAAAACCCCGACUGAUUAAAAGUAAACAUUUGCCGGUGAUGUCAAUGAUGCAGUGAUCCUUCCCCUAGCAGUGGUUUGGUCGUGUUUAUACAUUUGAUGUAGUAAAAAAUUAUUAAAAAGUGAGCGGUUCCUAAACAUCAGUGAUAGGUUUCGAUGCUGAGUAGAACGAAAACAGGAACUGCACAGUGUGAAAAGAUCAACCUAUAGAGAAAAUUUCCCUGUGCAAGGAGUUUCACUGGAGCACCGUGAAUAAUUUAUGGCAUCGCUUGGUGAACGAUGUAACGUUGCCUGGAUCAACACCAAAAGCUAUCAUCGUCUUUUUCGCUAGAGAUCCAAUUAAUCACAAAAAUUAUUGCUCUUCGGAGAGUCGUUUAGAGCCGGCAUUUACACGUGUUCUUCUAGAAUCGUUUCACGUUGAACCGCAGACCGGAUAAAUAAUAUUUUCAACAGUUGUGCAAAUACAUAAAUAUUCUAGAAAGUCCUUUGGGUGUUCUAACCGUUUUUUUCCUCUAUGUGCAUCAAAUAUUUGCUAUCUUCGUGCAGUUCCUAAGUAAACAAAGUAGAGUGAGAGAAAAAAAUAAUAAUAAUAUAACAACAGCCCCAACCAUCGAUCGAUCAAUUGCCACGGAUUCCUGGCGUGAAUAAUUGGAAAUCGGAAUUCGUGAGCAUUCUUUGCACGGAACGAGAGUGGUUCUCCGCUGUUCUGCUCGGUGAAAAAAUUAGCAUAGUGAAUGAAUAGUGAUUUGAAAAAGGCAAAACCAACCCGCACACAUUCCCUGGAUUGCAUAUGCCGGUAGUUUGUUUAUUGGAGUGAUGUUCUUUUGUGUGCUUAUUCUAGCUUUGGUACUGCAAAAUUUAGGUACUCGGUCAAACUGGUAACGUUUAUUGAGGAGGUGAAUAAAAUACAAAACCAACAAAAAAAAUCAUCUGCCAGGUUUCGGUUUUCCAACUGGUGAAUCCGUUUGUCGGAGCUGACCUCGUGCUACAGGCGUCGUUUCAACACACCAACGGGAUUGGUGCAGACAGAUUGUCAUGCAAGCGACCAAGCGAAAGGUAAAUUCCACAGAAGCAAUUCACGUGUGAAACUUGCCAGUGAUUUCCCUUGAUUUCUUCGUUCUGAUGGAAUUCCGCGCAGACGUACUGGAACUGAUACCAACUGAUACCGUGGAAGACGCGAGAUCGUUUGAGCUCUCCAGUUUCAACUCUUGCCUAGGGCAGUGGGAAACAAAAAACAAAAAACCAAAAAUCGCUUCCAACAGCGACGAAGGAGCCAUCCACUUCACCUCGCGAAAGAACAACAGCAAAACUCGACAGACGAAGGGGAAAAUCGAUUUGCAAUCAUCUGCAAACCAUGGACCAACAGCAGAUUAUCUCCGGCGUCGGGAUUCGGUCCACGGGCCGCACUGAUUGGGCGGGAUCGCAGAUGUUUGCGAGGGUAUAAACACACAGUAAAACGAAGUGCGAACGGGUUUUUUUACUCCUAUUUCUUCUUGCCAACAAAUCGGUUUCAUUUGAUUGCCAUUUGAUGACGGAAGGUCGCUUGCAGACGCUAAUGCGUUAAACCAAUGCCACAACGAGUGUAAUCGUGUGCAAUAAUCGCGUGGUUUGUGCAAAGUUAAAGUUAGUUCAGUUUGGUGCGGUAGGGUCGAGCAAAGUGUAAAAAAUGUGCAUAUUUACUUCGUAAAGCAGAAUGGAAAGUUUAACAUUUUAAGGCCAUAAACUUGCAACAUUGAAGUUCGGUGUAAACAAUAGUUCAGGAUCAUUACCAGCACGGAAAUAGCCAUAAUGCGGAACCGAAUACGGUUGACCCUGGACCUGUGGGUGCUCGUCAUCUAUGUGAUAGACAUCACCAGUUGUGGCAUCCAGCAGAACCACCCGAUCGAUGGCCAUAAAUCUCUACCGCUGGAGUCCAGUUCAUCCCAGCUGAGUGCGUACGUGGCCGCCCCAUCGACCUCCAGUGCCGGUAGUGCCCACCGGCACCAGCAGCUCCAGCAACCCCUGCAAACGGCUGGAAGUGCCACGGUUCCCCAGUCGACCGGUGUCGGCAUCGGAUCUUCGGGCAAAUGGGAAGAACCGUAUUUCGACGAUACAACGCCGCGCAACGUGACCGCCCUGGUCGGCAAAUCGGCGUACCUCAGCUGUCGAGUGAAAAACCUGGGCAAUAAAACGGUAUCCUGGAUACGGCACCGUGACAUCCAUAUUUUAACAGUCGGCAGCUACACGUACACCUCCGACCAGCGCUUCCAGGCGACGCAUCACAAAAACACCGACGACUGGACACUGCAGAUCAAAUGGGCCCAGAAGCGGGACGCGGGCAUCUACGAGUGUCAGAUCUCGACGCAGCCGGUGCGCAGUUAUUUCGUCACGCUAAGCGUUGUCGUUCCCACGGCGACCAUCAUUGGCGGGCCGGAUUUACACGUCGACAAGGGAAGUACCAUCAAUUUGACCUGUGCCGUCAAGUACAGCCCGGAACCGCCGGCAUACAUUUUCUGGUACCACCACGAUGAGGUCAUCAGUUACGAUUCGAGCCGCGGUGGCGUAUCCGUUAUCACCGAGAAGGGAGAUGUAACCACGUCCCAUCUGCUAAUCCAGAAUGCUGACCUGGACGAUUCCGGCAAAUACAGCUGUUCGCCGUCCAAUGCGGAUGUGGCGAGCGUCCGAGUUCACGUGCUGAACGUUCGGGCGGUCCUUUCAGGCGAACAUCCGGAGGCGAUGCAAACUGGAGCUGCUUCUAAGCCCGGACUCCCAUUCCUGCUGGUGAUCUCGUUCGGAACCAUGCUCACCAGUUGGUUGUUUCUGAUCCGAUGGCAGAUGAAUGGUACACGAUUGGCAUUUUCGAACUGCCAGCCACGACGACGGUCCACAAACGAUGAGUGGAAAUCCCCCAGCAACCAUUUGUCCCGACAGUUCGAUGGUUCACCGGUGCGACAACGAAAAAAACAACCCUCGGUUCUGCCAAUCUUUCCAUUGACGUUUGCGUUGGCGACCGGCACUGAGAAGAACACUGUUGAAAGCAUCUGUCUCGCCAGUCGCCAGUGGAGCGGUAGAUGAUAGAACAUCGCCUAUAAAAAUCUAGCCAGAUCUGGAAACUAGUCUGCAUGUAGCCACCCACAUACCACCACCCCACCAGGAAUCGGCAUCACCAUCGUUAUGCUAUCCGUUGGAACGAAGAUGGAAUCAAGAUGAGCUGUAAAAUAAUACGUGUAGGACAUACGAUACAAGCGUUGUGCAAUCUGAUCGAAACUUUGGUGCAAGAAGAACACGCACAUACCAGAACGAAAGAAAAAAAAACAGUCCAUGCUUGGGAAGAAAUUUAUCGUGCGAUUCUAUAGAACACGCACCUGCAUAGGUAAAAAUUCAAUAUUUUUUUGUUCUAUACUUUUCCCAAUUCAAAACUAUCUGCAAAAUGCCCAAUAAAAAGCUACUCCAACUAGGCACCAAAAUGACGCACCGAAUCGUAUUUGAAGCACAGAAGUGGAAAUGCGAGAAAGAAGAAAUGUGUUUUUAUUUUUCAUUGCCUUUCCGAUCGAAUAAAAGAACCCAGUAAAAAUAGAAUAUACACUGAUGAAACGUGAAAGAGACAAAUGUCCGGAUCAUCAUCCGUCUUUUGAAUUGUUUGAAUUGUUGAGCAAGUUGAUAAAAUGUGCAUUCCAUUUUAUAGAUGCAGAGCGUAGCAGAAGAAAAGAUAAGUUUUUUUUUAAUUUUCAAAUAAUUUCAAUGAGCUUCGUUGAUGAAUUGUAAAAAAAACUGAAUUGAAAGGCUACAUUGAUAUUUUUAUUUUUGUUUAGUCAUUCCCUUUUGGAGUUAGUACAAAUUCGAAAUAUUUUUUUGUUCGAAUAAUUAUGAAUAUAUGUGACACAUUAAAGAAACGAUAGUUUAACGGAAUUGGCUUCAACAAAAAAAGUGGUCAGAUAGGCACGUUUCCAGUACUAGAGCAAUUCCAGAAAAGUUUAGAAGAUCAUCAGACUCGACCUUCUCCGAUUUGGAUGAAACUUUGCACAUGGCUUCAGUAUGGCAAACCAUAAGUUUUGAACCGAUGGAGAGGUUAAUCCGACUCACGACUGAUUUUUAAAAAGGGCGUAUGUAUUUUUUCUUUUCACAAAAAUUGCCUUCUUCGAAUCGUUGUAGCUCGGAAACCGUUAAUUGUACAAAAAUGGCGUCCAGGAAGAAGUUGUAGGGGCACUCUAAAAAAAUGUACACUGAAAAAAAAUUAAUUUUUUUUUCAAUAAUUUCAAAAUGAGGUACCAAACCCCUAAAUGACUACAAUCUGUUGGCGGCCAGUAUGUCGUCAAUUUGUUUUGCUCUUUCGGCACGUCAGGAUAGACAUGGCACUUCGGUGCCAAUAAGUGAUUUGUAAGUAGCAAAUACUUUACGUCUGCUCAGCGGUUUAUGUUGAACCGUUAGGUGGCGUUAGCAGUUCAACAUAAACUGCUGACGCACUGAUGAGCUGAAUGCGAAAAGUAUAAAAAAUGAAAACUAGUCAUGUGCACUUUAGCACAAAACGGUACACAUGAGGUACCAAACCCCUAAAUGAAUUCAAAAUGAAUAAAAAAAAAAAUUAUUAGAAUCAGGGUUUCGAUUUUUUUUUAAUUUUUAUUUCAAAGCUGUUCCUAAAACCUACAGAUUGAUGGCUAUCCCAUCCGUGCCUUUUGGAAAAUGAAGAAGUUACAGCUAAAACAAUUUACAGAUAUAUUCGAAAUUUCAAGUUCUCGUUGAAAGAUAAUCAUUUAAACAGUAGAAUAUUAUUCUACAGAUUGAAGGCAAUAAAUUUGUUCAUGAUAUCCUUUCUUCUAACAGUAGCUUUUCUUGGGAUACUUGGAUAUUUAAUUAUAACACCAUUUUUAUAUUUCCAUGAAUUGUUUAUUUGCUUGCUUCAUCUAUAAUUAUUACAUGUACAUGAAUAAUUCUUAAUUAUAUUUAAGUUUUUGAAAAUUGUAUGUGCACUACGUGCAUCGUCAUUCGAAUACAGUCUUCUGACGAUUGUGGUUUCUGAAAUCGGAACGAAAGAAUGGUAUAUCUGUGUGCCUGGAAUCAUUUUGGUAUCCUUAUAAACACUACUCCACUCGGUCACACCCCGUUCAUAUUCUUCUUGUGACACGUAACAAAAAGACAUAGUCGUGAAUGCAUUUCGACGUCUCUGCUCUGCCCAUUCAUAUAAUUGUUUUACAGUUGUGAUUAAGUGUUCAUGUAGUUUAGCCAAACUUUCACGUCGUGCCAUUCGCUUUAAAUUACCCCCGAAUGCAUCGCAUCGUCCUUUACCAUGAGAAGUUGCAAAAAAAUGUCACUCAGCAUCAAUGUUAUACAUUGAUUUAAAUUUCAGGAAUCAGGAAUCAGAACAAAUUGGCUCAAAUGGCACGUUCCCCUUGAUAUUUGGAGAUUUGUACCUUGCCAUAAUUUGUUUUUAGCAUCAUUUUCCCGAUAUAUAAGAGGGAAGGAUUGAAAGGAAAUGGUAAGGGUUGGGCUAGGAGGAUGGGGAAAUUGACGACACAAAAACACAUAAAAGCAAAAGUAAAUUCUGCACCCCUAAGGGAUGCUGAACAAUCUGCAGAGGAUCACAUUUAGUGGAAGCAGAAGUAAAUUCUGAACCUCUACGAGGUCCCGAACAGUCUGCUGUUAAUAAAACCUCCAACCCCCGAGAGGAUUUAGAGAUCUUACAAAAGCGACACCAUUCUGCACUCCCGGAAAAAUGCAGAACGAUUCGCAGUAUGUACGAGCAGAAGUAAAUUCGGUACCCCCUAAAGGAUGCCAAACAAUCUGCCAAACCCUAUUUAAGGUGAAUACAGAAGGGAUUCAUUCACUCCAGGAAGAACGAUGAACCCUUCUGUCUAUAGCUCCUUACCACAUUGGGUAAGAAACGAGAGGAUAUCCUUCAAUUUUAGCUCCACAUACACAGACUCAACCAUGUAUGGAGAACCAAAAACCCGGAUACGUAGCUGCGUCAAUGCGGGACAGUUACAUAUCAGAUGAUAUGAAGUACCAUAAUCGCAUUCACACAAAUCACACGAAUAAUACUCAGCACGUUGAAUAGUAGCCAUGUGAUAAUUGAGUUUGCAAUGUCCAGUCAGAGCUCUGACCAGAAUACUGCAAUGAUGCUUGGAGAAAUGCAGUAGACACUUUGACAUUUUCAGAUUUAAAUCUGGUAGAAAUGCUUUUGUCUGAGCGCAAGUUUGCAAGCUGCGCCAUUAGCUGGCAUGUUUGGAUGCAGCCCAAGAAAGAAUCUUGUGCUUUAUCCAACUAGUUGAAAGUGGUAAAGCUGGUUCAGGACCAACGAAAUCAUUCGUUGCACCAGCUCUAGCCAACUCAUCAGCCCAUUCAUUUCCAGUAAUAACAGAAUGGCCGGGUACCCAUAAGAAGUAAACAGCAUUUGAAAUGCUGAGGUCUUCAAUUUGAGUUCGACACGCGAUCACUAGAUUCGACCGUGAGUCAUUCGAACUGAGUGCUUUUAAGGCUGCCUGACUGUCGGAACAAAAAUAAAUUCGUUUCCCACAGAUCCUCUGCUGAAGUGCCGAUUGUACUCCACACAGAAUUUCGUAGAUUUCUGCUCGGAACACAGUACAGUAUCUACCAAGUGAAAGAGACUGCUCCAGUCUCAUUUCACGACAGUAGACACCAGCACCAGCACGACCAUUCAACAGAGAACCGUCCGUAUAACAAACUAUGUGUUCAUCAAGUUGUCGUUCCAGAUAACCAGACAACCAUUCCUCACGAAGAGGAUAGCUCACAUUGAAUGUUUUGAAAGGAAAACUGCACGUGAGAGUUAGGUCACUAGGAGCGAGUAAAUACUUAUCCCACGUAACUAUUUGAGACCACAAGCGAGUGUGGCUGGUAGCAUAAUCUAAUGGGUUACUGUUCCAAAGCCCUGUAACCUUAAGACGGCAUGCACAAGAUAAUGCUUCUUGUUUUAGGAAUACAUGUAGUGGUUUAAUGCACAGUAGCGCCUCUAGAGCAGCAGUAGGAGUUGUCGUUAAUGCUCCUGUCAUCGCCAUUAGGACCAUCCUUUGGAGAUGAUUUAGCUUUGACUGAACUGUCGCGAUUUCUCCUUUCUGCCACCAUACAAGACAUCCAUAUGCUAAAAUUGGUCUAACAAUAGUUGUGUAGAUCCAAUGAAUAUAUCUGGGUUUGAGUCCCCAUGAUUUUCCAAAAGCUCGUCUGCAUUGGCCGAAAGCCAUGUAAGCUCUUUUAAUCCUGAAAUCAAUGUGAGCAGGACAAUUCAGUUUUGAGUCAAGAAUAACCCCGACGUAUUUAACUUGAUCGACCACAGUAACCUCUGAACCGAAUAACUGUAACGGACGAGCUCCUGCGAUUAUCCUACGAUGAGUGAAAAGCACCAUUGAUGUUUUGCCCGGAUUUACAGAUAAUCCAACCUGACAACACCAUUGUUCAACAGAUCGCAGGGCUUGUUGCAUUAAAUCAAAGAGAGUGUUAAUGCUUAUACCGGUCAUCAAUAUAUGAUAAUCGUCGGCAAAACCGUAAGUCGGAAAUCCAAGGUUAUUAAGUUUCCUUAACAAACCAUCAGCGACUAGGUUCCAUAAAAGUGGGGAUAGUACACCACCUUGAGGACACCCACAGACACUCAAUCUCUUAAUCUCUGCUUGCCGAAGCGAUGAACAAAGAAGUCGAUUGCUAAGCAUUGCAUGUAUCCAAUUUGUGAUACUUGAAGGUAUGCCAUGACCACGGGCUGCUUCCAGAAUUGAAUUGAAAGACACGUUAUCAAAGGCACCUUCAAUAUCUAGGAAAACUCCCAAGCAAGAUUGCUUUUGUGAGAAAGCUUUUUCAGUGUUGUACACAACAUCAUGUAACAGGGUUGUAGUGGACUUUCCACGCUGGUAAGCAUGUUGCAUUCCAUGUAGCGGAUGCACGCCCAAACUAACAUUCCUGAUAUAGUGAUCGACUAUGCGUUCCACUGUUUUAAGAAGAAAUGAGCUAAGACUGAUAGGCCUGAAACUCUUCGCUUCCUCAUAAGUGUCGCGACCGCCUUUGGGAAUAAAUUUGACAAUUAUUUCCUGCUAGGCUCUUGGAAUAUAUCCAGUCGCAAGACUAAAAGUAAGUAUUUUCUUCAAAACAUGUUUGAAAUGUUCAUACCCUUUCUGCAGUAACACUGGGAAAACUCCAUCCUUUCCAGGAGACUUGUACGGAGCAAAACUCUCAACUGCCCAUUUGACCGAUUCAAUCGUCACAACGCUUCGAGCAAGGGCCCAAGAAUCGUAACUACCUUGAAAAGUCUCGGGAAGAGCUGUCGGUGAUGGAUCCAUACAUCCUGGAAAGUGAGUGUUAAAAAGAUAGUGAAGUACAUCACCUUCUUCAGACAAGUGUUCACCAUCUGAAAGUAACUUAUUUAAUCUGCUAGCCUCAUUGAGACUAGAGACAUUUGUGCAGAGGCUUUUCCAACCACUUCGCUCAGACGAUCGAAGAGCAUUUUUGUAAGCCCUUCGAGCCGACACGAAUGUCUCCGACUCAUCUCUGCGUCGGUGGUUCCAAGCUCUUCUGCAUAGUUUCCUUAGUCUGCAGUUGUGAUUAAGUGUUCUUGUAGUUUAGCCAAACUUUCACGUCGUGUCAUUCGCUUUAAAUUACCCCCGAAUGCAUCGCAUCGUCCUUUACCAUGAGAAGUUGCAAAAAAAUGUCACUCAGCAUCAAUGUUAUACAUUGAUUUAAAUUUACAGAGACUUGCAAAUUUUUUUCUGUUUUUGUACGGCGAGGCAGCUCCGUCAGACAUAAAUAUUGCCUUUUUAAUUUGGAUUUUGUCUUUCAAAAAUUACAUUAAGUGUGAAAUAAACACUUGAAGCGCGAUGGUAUCGUGUUCAAGCACUUCUGAAAUCACAAUCAAACUUAAAUGUUUAAACUCUUCUGAUUCUCUAUAAUAAAUUUCAAACGGAUGAAUAAUAAAUCAUUGAUCAUUGCUCAGAUAGUGGCUUUGAACAUUAUCCUGAAGCACAAAUGAAGAAUUUUCUAAAAAAUCACAAAUAAUUACAAUUUCUCCUGUCUUUAAAUUAAAUUUAACCUUUUUAAGAAAAUCAGAUUGCUGAUUUUUAACAAAAUCAUGAGUCACAAGUUUUUCUAAUAUGCUGCAAAUUCUUCUACAGGUUUGACAAAUUUCUCUAGAUCACAUCUGUCAGUAGAAACCCAUUGUUCAAAUCUUAUCUCAGUCAAAUCACGUUCCUCGAAAUUGUCUAAAGCGCUUCUCUCCAGAUCUUGUGUCGCUGGACAACUUUUGCAUUUACGGAGGUACCAGGAUCUUUUUGAUGAGUCACAUAAUUCUUAUCAUCAUACUUGAAAUAUUUUUCAAACAGCAUGAAUUAUUAAUGAAACAUUCUCAUGGAUUGUGCAAACACAUAUGUUAUGUGAAUCAGAACUUCCAAGCAACUUGCAGUGUUUUGGUCUUAAUGCUGCAAAUGUACUAAAUCCAAUAUUUCGAUCUGGAAAUUCCUCCUUAUAAUCCAAAUAAAUUUCUUUCAAUGAUGAAUAAAGCAAUCGUUUUUGUUUGCGUUCACACUUACCAUUCAUUUUGACUGUGACGCAAUCUCUUGAUCCCGGCAUUACUUUGCUGACGUCAUCGCUGUUGAAAUAUUGGCGCACCUCGUUUUCUAUCGUUUCGUUUCUGCUGCGUUUCGUUUGUUUCUUGGCUAUUUUUUCGUCCGUUGAUUAUCUUGCCUCCGACACAAUGUAUUUGUUCGCCUUGAAUUGGGUGGCUAUUUUGUUCUUUGACCACGAGUUUGGCAAGACUGACAACAAACGCACUUUUUCAUUCCUAGUGCAAUCAGGCUUAGCAAACUGCCCUCUCAUUUUAGUAAUCACUUCAUCCAACUCUGCUGCUUUCGUUUUGAGUAAUUCUGGAUCUUCUUCAUCCGCCGGGAACCCGAAUAUUUGCUUUUUUAUACCCUUUGAAAUAUCCAAAUAUUCUUCUCGAGGAUAAUCAACAUUCCGGGUUUUCUUCGUUGAUAUCGGAGACACGUUGAUUCCUGCGAUGCCCUUGUUGAAGAGUUCAAUGUUGUGUGCUCUUGAAUAUUCCGCCGCGACUGAUGCUUCAGAAGAUGCUGAGUUGAUUAAAGCUGCUGAAGGUACUUCCUCUAAACCGUAUUGCGAUGUGGAUGGUUGUGGUUCCGUUGUUGACUGCCCUUUUGUUUCCGACGUAUGACUUUGCUUAUAAGCCCGCCUACGACAGCGAUCACAAAUGCUUAACGUGGUAUUCAAUUUAACCUUGCACUUUUGAGCUUCUAAUUUUCCAAUUAUGGUUUCUGUUAAUUGAAAAAAAUUUCCGGACUACACAAAACCAGGAAAAACUUUACAACUUUUUGGGAAAAUUAUAGUAUUGUAACUGUUUCGAAAGAGAUUUGUUAUGAACAUAUAUCUGUGCAUUUUUUUACAUUAAAUAUUUAUUGUUUCUCUUUGAUUACAUUUCUGUAUGAUAUCUGUUCUACGAUGCAUAGCUAUUUAUAUGUGAAACAGGUAGAAUUUAGGUACGCAAUUCGCAGGUACGAACGUUGGUUGUAAACAGUGGGUAGUCAACUGGCACACCUCUUUGAUUCUACGUGUGUUAUUCGUUUUGAAGUAGUUACGUUAUUUCGACUGUUUAAAUGAUUAUCUUUCAACGAAAACUUUCGAAUAUAUCUGUAAAUUGUUUUAGCUGUAACUUCUUCAUUUUUCAAAAGGCACGGAUGGGAUAGCCAUCAAUCUGUAGGUUUUAAUAACAGCUUUAAAAUGAAAAUUAUCAAAUAAAAAUUAAAACCCUGAUUUUUUUUAUUAAAAUUUUUCGGAUUAUUUUGUAAUUAUUGAGAAAAAAAAUCAAAAAAAAUUUCAGUGUAUAAUUUUUUUAGAGUGCCGAUUCCCUACAACUUCUUCCUUAACGCCAUUUUUGUACAAUUAACGGUUUCCGAGUUAUAACGAUUUGAAAAAGGCAAUUUUUGUGAAAUGCAAAAUGCCCUUUUUAAAAAUCAGUCGUUAGUCGAAUUGACCUCUCCAUCGGUCCAAAACUUAUGGUUUGCCAUACUGAAGCCAUAUGCAAAGUUUUAUCCAAAUCGGAGAAGGUCGAUUCUGAUUUUGUCACUUUUUCGUCUACUCAUUCCUGGAAUUGCUUAGUAGAGGGCUCUUCUGAAAUCGGUUGCUUCUUUCACCCAUUCAUUCACAUUUAGACAGUCUUGUAAAAUUCCAGUGCGGUACAACAAUAGGCUUUCUCUUGACAGUAGAUUUUUUUAUAUCAUUUAUUUUACCCUGGCUUUAACCAUUUUGGUCGUUAUCCGGGGGGAUGACAGUCGAUUGUUGAGCAUGGCAGGGUGACAAGUGACGGGAAAAUCGGAAAAACCGGGAAUUUGGUUUCGGUGGAAAAAAUCUGCAAAUUUUAGUGCAAGAUCAUUUCCAGCAUCAAGAAGUGCAAAGUUGGAGUCAGCACCCAACAAUUUUGCUAGGGCUUAAGGAUUUUAGAUCAAUCAGGAAGCAUCGGAGCUUCUCUAAUUCCUUUUGCUAAUGAUUGAUCCAAUUUCAUCAUACUUUGUUUCACUAAUGUCAUAUUUGUGUGAGAUAUUGAUGUGAACAGGACUCACAAAAUUGAAAAAAAGUUGUCGUCUUUGACUUUAUCCACCGUUUGCAGAGAGCAUUUGAUUCCUUUCUUUGCGAGCUGAAGGACUUGUAAAGAACCGUGCUUGAUUCGUUCAGUGAAUCUAUGUUUAAUUUUCUUUUGAAUGUGCUUUACUAUGGAUUCCAUAGUAGAAUGAUAGACUCCUAGCUUCAAUCAUGUAAUGAUUUAAACAAUCUAUUGCUGUAUCGAAAUCAGCCGAAUUUCGCAAAACAAUUUCAAGGUUCAAAUCGCUUCCGGUAUGGGAUCUGUAUCCUAGACGAUUAGUUUUAAGAUGGUAGCAUAUAGAACUAAUUGAAUUAAAGUAUAUUUUCGAAAUCUGUUCACUACAAAUAUUACAUUUAUCUGAUCAAACCAGAUAAAAUGUAGUAAGAUGUGUCAUGGAAGAUAAACUAGUUGGGCUAUUUGGAAAUAAAACUGGUUAGAAACCGCCGGAGUGUUCAUUAUAAAGAACUCAUUUCGCUGGUGAUUCCACGAGAGAUUCUCGGUAUUUAGAACCCCAUUGAGAAUACGAUUCUUGCAUCAAUUUACUGUAUUAAAGUUCUAAUAUAGUGUUAUUAGUGUUCUAAGUCAUCUAUCCGCCGUGUUUCAGCAAUUAGUCUGCUUCCAAUCAGCUACUAUCGCACAGCUAUCUAAAUAAUAAAAGAUAUAACUCGGUAACAAUAACGAUUCAGUUUCCUAACCCAUUUUAACGUUUCCCCGUUUGAGCUAUUUUAAUCUGUGCUGGAUGCGUGAUAGCAGUUCGGCUGAAAAGUUCGUAUCGUUUAAUAGAAACACACAUUUUUUUGCCAAAAUUCGUUUUUAUUAUUCAACAUAAUUGCCAUCAGAGGCGAUGAAGCGAUUAUAGCGAUCUUCCAACUUUUCGAUACCAUUUUUGUAGUACGAUUUGUCCUUUGCCUCAAAAUAGGCCUCAGUUUCAGCGAUUACCUCUUCAUUGCUUCUAAAUUUUUUACCAGCGAGCAUUCUCUUGAGGUCUGAGAACAGGAAAAAGUCACUGGGGGCCAAACCUGGAGAAUACGGUGGAUGAGGGAGCAAUUCGAACAGCUCCAAACACUGCUCAGAAUCAUCAAUUCGUUGUUGUUUUUGAUCGAUUGUGAGCUCACGCGCAGCCAUUUUGCACAAAGCUUUCUCAUAUCCAAAUAUUCGUGAAUAAUAUGUCCAACACGUUUCUUUGAUAUCUUUAGGGUGUCAGCUAUCUCGAUCAACUUCACUUUACGGUCAUUGAAAAUCAUUUUGUGGAUUUUUUUCUCGUUUUCAUCGGUAACAGCCUCUUUUGGACUUCCACUGCGUUCAUCGUCUUCGGUGCUCAUAUGACCAGUACGAAAUUUUGCAAACCACUUACGAAUUGUUGCUUCGCCCGGUGCAGAGUCUGGAUAACACUCAUCAAGCCAUUUUUUGGUAUCGGCGGCACUUUUUUUCAUCAAAAAGUAGUGUUUCAUCAACACACGAAAUUCCUUUUUUUAAUUUUUUUCACAAUAACAAAAGUAGCUACACUCAAAAUGCUAUAUCUCACAAACUAAUAAUCAGACAGCUGUCAAAUUUAUACACGUAUCUUUUGAAGGUUGGUACUAACUGAAAAUGGUAUGGAUUAAAUUCUAGUGGCGACCUCUCAUAGAAACGAUACGAACUUUUCAGCCGAUCUGUUAAUUGUGCAUCGCAUGAUGAUAAGUCACCUCUAGUGUCGCUCACUGAGGCGAUCCACAACUUGAUCCUCCCCACGCAGCCAAACGACCUCGUGAACCGGACUUCAUACAGAAGGCAUCAGAACGUCUUUCGGGAUCGAAACAAUCAGAAGCGGUCGUUGUUUGUGUUCCUGUCUGCGAAAGACCAGUGAGAAAAUUCCAGUGUUAUUUGUCUCUGACGUGAUUACAAAUUGACAUUAUCUACAUGGAUCUUUCCAUUGGCUUUGACAACAUUAACCACGUCAUUACAGUCGCUAAGUUGGACAGAUUGAGAUUUAGUUCUAACAUGCUGCGUUUUUUUCACUCUUAUUUCAAUGAUUGUCGAUUAACAAUCAAGAUAAAUGGUUCUGUAUCCAAUGAGUUUAUCGCUUCAUCUGGGAUUCCACAAGGCACCCCUCUUAGACCUCUGAUCUUUCCCCUGUACUUCAAUGAUGUGAAUCUUUCUUCGAAUUGUCCACGCUUGUCUUUCGCUGAUGAUUCCAUAUAGUUCCAUAUAGUUCGCAGUAACGAGGAUAGCGUUGAAUAAAUUCAACAAACGCAUUUUGGCAGUUUCAGGCAGAUUUUUCUACAAGUUGAAUUUUAUUUCGUCUAGCCCCUGGGGCGUUAUUGUUACACGGCAAGAGCGCUAGUGACAACCGUACCAUCGAAAAUGGCGUUUCUUCCAUGUUUAAUAACGAGACGCUGGUGAUCUUCUAUUCCUGAAUUCUAAUAUUAUUUGUUUUCAUUCGUGAUAUUAUUGUUGCGCAUUUCCCGGGAUGUGUUCCAAACAGUGCUCCUCUAUGUUUAUUUUUGUCAAUCCAUUCUCGAACUUACACCAGUAGCCGCAUUUCUUUGCGUUAAGCCUACUUUUCAAUUUAACGUCUAAUGCCGCGUAGUUUCUAUAAUGAUCAGGAGGUCCGUUUAACCUAAACUUGAUACACGAUAAAGCUCUUUCCGCGUUUCAUUCUCAGCAUUGUUUGCAAGUGAAUUACCACAAUUUAAACAGAGGCGAUUUGGGUCUUUUCUAAAAACCGAGAAUUUUUAUAUCUCAAACCGGGAAAUUGAGAUCGUUGACCCACUUGCUACCCUGAGUAUAGAAAAAAACGGGUUUCGAAGAAAAGUAAAUUUUGUUUUUUGAACACAGUGCUCCGGUACACAAAAGCAUCGCAACCAGUACUCGAGCCUACACUCAAAUAAAAAUUCUCGUUCGAUAUACUUUAAAAAUCACUUAAAAUGGUUUCAAAUGUCAAAUUGAAUAUUUUACGUGACGAAAAUGAAUGUUAUACGAACAUCUCCUAAAGUGAACAGAAUCAUCAGUCCAGUAUUUGAAAAAAAUCAAAAUUUCGAAAAUCGCAACUGAAAUUUUUCACACAAAGUGAAAAAUCAUCGAUCAGAAAAUUUACUGCAGAAAAGUUCAGUACUGAUUUUUUGACAACACGUUUCUCACUGAAACUGAUUUUGCAUAGCAAAAAUCAGUCAUUUAUAAUGAUUCUCGAAAAGAAGAUUUUUGGGAAAUGAAUUUUCAUAGCCGUUGUAUUUCAUACCUUUGCAGAAUACAUGAUGAAUAAAUUCGCCGAUGAACAAAAACUGAAUCUUUCUGAGAAUGUUCAGUGUGCGUAGGGUGGUGGAUACGUAAGUGGUGAUGUACUUUGAAAUUUAUUCCGCACUUCCCUGGUGGUCGAGUAAUAUCAUUAAUAAAAGCAGCAAGUGCUGUGAUUAAUAAUAGUUAGAAUGAUAAUGAAAAAAAUCACACAUCAUGUUACGCAGCAGAAGUAACAGGAGCGCAGACGACCGCUAUGCCAAUUCAAACGCACCAUUCAAACACUGCGCCUACUUUGUGUUCGAGACAUGCUGACAAUGUUGCGCUUCUGUUACUUCCAUGAAUCAAGAUCAUACAAAAUAGCGUUUUAUUGGGUUUAAUCUAAAUAGUGCAGUGUAAUCAUCCAGCUGGAAUUAAAGCAAUAUUUCGUCCAUAUAAUCACUAUUUGGAAUGCAUUAUUGUGCAUAUUGAUCACCCUACGUGCAUAGAAAAUAUUGCAGUUAUUAUUUCUCAGUUGCGAGUUUAUUCAAUAGAGAUUUUUUUUUUGAUGAAAAUAUAAUAAUUAAAUCUUGUACGAAUCAUUGAAGCGUAGUGGAAAUUCAGCAUCGGAAUAUCAUCGGAGACUCCUCUCCUUUUCGAUUAUCUCUUUAGCGAAAUUUCUGAAAAUUUGUUAUCAAGUUUCGCUGAUUCGAAAAAUCACUUGUGAACUUCGAGGUUCAGAGUUUUGUGGAUACUUGUUUCAUGAAUAAAAAUAUCGGACGUGAUUUUUUCAGUCACUGAUUCUUUUUUUUUCGAAAAUUUCUUGAACUUUUUUUUCACGAAUGAUAGUUAAAGGAACUUUUUCUGAUCAUGAUUUUCUCAACACUGAUCAUCACAUACGGUUUAGGUGAAUUGACCAAACGUCAAACAAUCUACGUCAAUUUCCGGUGUGAAAUAUUUGAUCUCGAAAAUUGCGAAGAAUGAGUCUUUGAAGUGUAAGCAGUUUGAAAAUUUGCGAGAUAUGUUUUUAAUUACUACUACACCCAAACCUCCGUUGACGUUAACUUUUUUUUAGUUACCUCUUUUUACGUAACUCUUUUUACGAACAAAAUCCCAAAUAACGUAAUACUUUUUUACGAACAAAAUCUCAAAUAACGUAAUCUUUUUUUCGAACAAAAUCCCAAAUAACGUAAACUUUUUUUACGAACCUACUUCGUAAAAAGAGGUUUUUGCAUACAAUGAAAAUCAUUCCCGCUCAUUUAUAUUCCAUAUAAAUUACUACAAUAUGGGUAUUUUCGAAACGGGUUUGAUGAGUAGAUGUCAGAAAACGAUGUUUGAAGUGAUUCUGAAUUCCCAAAUGGAAGCUUCCAGUUUAUUGAUAUUCCUUUAAAACCCUUAUAAUAUGUGUAUUUUUGGAACAGUUUGAUGAGUAGAUGUCGAUGUUUUAGGUGAUUCAAAAUUCCAAGAUGGCGACUUCCGGUUUAUUGAUAUUCCUUGAAAACCCUUAUAAUAUGGAUAUUUUCGGAAUGGAUUUGAUGAGUAGAUGUCGGAAAACGAUGUUUGAGGUGAUUCAAAACUCCAAGAUGGCGACUUCCGGUUUAUUGAUAAUCCUUGAAAACCCUCACAGUAUAGGUAUUUUUAGAACGGGUUUAGCACUAAGCAGUUCAAUUUGAACUGCUCUGCACUGAUGAGUCAAAGAUGAAAUGUAAAAAUAAUAAAAACGAAAAUUGUUUUGCUGAACACGUUUGAUUCAAGAAUGCCUAAAAUAAACCAGAACACGAAAACCAAACUACCACCAGUUGUGAAGUAAUACUGAUCCAGCUCAUCGAGUUAAGUUAUGUUAAGUUUAUGUAAAACCUCAAUACCAGAAAACAAUCAAUCAUUACCGUUCCCAUAGAAAAAUAUCGUUAUAGUCAGAAGGAAAAUAAUUGGUGGCCUAGUCCCCGUAUUAGACUUCAUAUGGCGUACAGGGACAUUCAAGAAAAUUUAACAGUGGAUCCUAAGAAAUUUCUUCCCUUCGUCAAAAUAUCAUUUGCAAACUCGUAAACAGAUCAAAUCACACUCAAACGUGCCUCUCUAAAAUGUUCACAAGAUAUUGCAUAUAUUGACAGAAUUAGGAAUGGUUCAAGACCUGAUUUUAUGUUUCGUUUGUUGUCAUUAUCGAUUUGUCUGAUUUGUUUCACAUCAGCGAAGCUCUGACUAAUGUUCGUUUUUCAUAGAAACUACGACUAGUGCAUAGAGACAGCUAAUUACAUCUAAGGAAAAUCCUUUGUUUACCCAGUAAAAAAAUGAACCCACUAGUGUUUACCACGUAGGAUUGCAUUUCAAUUUACGCGGGGAGAUAAUUAAUCCGAUAAGGAAGCGAAAUUCAAAGCCAACAGCAGCGCAAUGUCGCAGAACACGUGUAGUUUAAUUAUUCGUAGAUUAGAUAUCCAUAGUUCUUGGCGAACGACUCAGAGUGGUUUAUAUUUUUGCCGGAUCAAGAGAGUGGACACCCGGGUAGAGUGUGGCACACAAAUAA